AUGGGCACGCAAGGUACUGAGACGGCCAUUUCCUAGGAACGCCUUUCCAGCACGCUAAUGCAUUUGACCAUCUUACACCGCUCUUUUUUUUCCUUAACUGAACUUGUUAAUGUGUCACAACAGUUUGGUUUUUUACUGAAUAGUCAUGUGCAAACGUUUGCAUUACAGGUACAGAUGUUCUAGUCAAAGGACUGCCUGAGGAGUGCGGAAAACGCCCAGCUUCACAGACGCCGGCGGAAAAUUACAAAAAAGGAAAACACGAAGCCCCACCAAAUAGUUGGCCAAGCCACGUAAGUCCGCAAAAUUUUGUUUGUAUUACUUUUACACUAAGGAAUAUUCUCAUUUCUCAUCGCUGUCUGGAUGAUGCUGGAUGGCAGGCGCGAAGGAAACAUCUAUAUCCAUAGCCUGGGUAAUAUAGGCGGAAGUAUUUGUUUUUAUUUCACGUCACCAGUUCUCAGUUUCACUCUGAUCUUAAUCCGUCCUUCUGACUGCAUGAGACCGCCUAAGCUUUCCCGAAACGUCUGCACAAAUAACCUUUGCGAAAUUGGCAAAGAGUCCUAACGGCAAUUUACCUUUAUCUUUGUUAGGUUGGCCUGUACAGUUCGGCGUAUGGUGCAUAUCCAUUUUGUGGAGGAACUCUCAUCUCGCCCACUUGGGUUGUGACAGCUGCUCACUGUGUCGUUCCGGAUGGUUAUUGCUCAGGCAUCCCACUCGGGGUGCCCUUUGACUAUGAGACGUACGGGGGCCAUAAAUUGGUUGUCCGCGUUGGAGACCAUAAUUUUACCCGACGUGGACGUCCUGCAUACAAUGUUCCAGUAAAACAGGUCGUCAUUCAUCCGAGGUUCCGGCUGGAUGCACAGAUUUUUGGCUUUGAUGUCGCCCUUCUAAAGCUGGGCCUAUAUGUGAAACGAUGUACGUUUAGUCAGCAUUUUAAUAUAUUUCUUGGUGAUGAUUACUCCGUUAUUUUGUCUAAUUGGAGCGAAUCGCCCUAGUUCGUUUCCUUUAGGCAACUGCACUUAGGACCUUUCCCAAUAAUAUGCAUAUAAUGCAGCUAAUCGAUCGACCAUAAGACCAUGUAACCACUCAGUAGGCAUAGCGAAUUAAUUACAUAUAUAUUAACACGUAUACAUAUAAAUUGAAUAACAGGCAUCCCAAGAAAUAUAAUAAGAAAGGUGAAGUUCUUUGGGAAACGGCAAAAUUUUAUUGUGAAUUUUCGAGACUGGUUCCCCAGCUCGUCUUCAGACAACGGGCGUGCAGAAACAAUUAACUUCUAGGCUGAGUCUGGCAAAAGGAUUCCAUGAUUGGUUAAGGUCGUCAUCUCGGGAUUGGUUGACUCAGUUUGAAUCUGUCCUUAACGAUUUUGUAUGUGGCAUCUAAAUCGAUAUGCCGGUUGAUGCAUGCCUCAUCUGAGUGCAUCGCCUCCAGGAAUUCGCGGUGAAGAGACGCGACCAUCUAUCCCAGGUGGCCAUGCACACACUGGACACUGUGCAUAAAUUCGCAUGGGAAAACACUCGCAUUGUUGGCGCCUGCCAAACAAGGAAGGGCCGCGAAUUCCUGGAGGCAAUGCACUCAGAUGAGGCAUGCAUCAACCGGCAUAUCGAUUUAGAUGCCACAUACAAAAUCGUUAAGGACAGAUUCAAACUGAGUCAACCAAUCCCGAGAUGACGACCUUAACCAAUCAUGGAAUCCUUUUGCCAGACUCAGCCUAGAAGUUAAUUGUUUCUGCACGCCCGUUGUCUGAAGACGAGCUGGGGAACCAGUCUCGAAAAUUCACAAUAAAAUUUUGCCGUUUCCCAAAGAACUUCACCUUUCUUACGUAUACAUAUUUAUAUAUUAACAUAGGGGUUUUUUGGUCAUAAUAUUGACAUCUUUUAUGCUUUCCUGAUUACAUUGCAGCUAAAAAGCUGGCUAAAUAUGACCUUUACUGAAUUCUGAUACAAAUUAUCUACAUAAGCAUGAAAGGCAGUCACUUAUACAUGUUCGAAGUCUUAUCAAAGGAAGCUUAUUCCGAGAGUACAAAGGGAUCCUCCACACGUAGUAUAUGACAUAAUUUCAGAUAUGUUUCAUUUAACAAGAAUCUACAGCUGUGUCUCCUUCGUCUAGAUAAAUGCAAUUACAUCUAAUAAUGGACUGUCUUUUUCGUCUCCGAAUUAGAUCUUCGCAGUUUGCUUGACAGUUAGCUCAUGCAUUUCUUUUAGCGUUGCAUUUAAAGCAAGGUGACUCCUCGAAUUUAGAAGCGUCGCAUAUUUUGUAACAAAAUAGAGAACCAAACUGUCAUUUAUUUUGAACUGUCUCGCCCUACAAGCAACGUUGGUGGACUUCGCAUGCCUCCCCGAAUUCGGCUUGAAUGUGGAGCCUGGAGACUCCUGUUUUCUUGCUGGGUGGGGACUGAUUCCUAACCCACCAAACGAACCGCUUCCAGAUCAACCAGAAGCGUUAAUGGAAAUCAAAGCAACAGUUGUGGACCCCUCAGAAUGCAAGAAAAAACAUGCGACUUACGAAAAGGAAUUCCACUUUUGCACUGACAUGGAGUUUGGGGUAAGCCGUAGUUUUGAAGAAUACACUCAGUACAUAUGGCAGAAUAUACUAAACAACGUAUUUUCUUGGCUAAUUUAGCCUACAUGCACGGGUGACAGUGGAGGCGGAUUGCAUUAUUUUGCGGAAGAUGGCACCUGGGUGCUCUACGGUGUGCACAGCUUCAGUAGUGGAUGCAAGGGACCGUACACCGUGCACGUUCGGACCGAUUCCGUACGAUUUUGGAUCAAGGACACUGUUGCGACUCUCAACUGA